AUGAUCCGAUUCCUGUUGGGAAAUCUCUAUACCUUGGCAUGUACAAAGCCAACUGCCAGUAAAUUGGCCGGUGGUAAAGCACCCAGGAAGCAACUGGCUAUAAAAGCCGCUCGCAAGACUGCGCCCUCUACUGGAGGAGUGAAGAAACCUCAUCGUUAUAGGCCUGUUACUGUGGCACUCCGUGAAAUUAGGCGUUAUCAGAAGUCCACUGAACUAAUUCGCAAACUUCCCUUUCCGCGGCUGGUGAGAGAAAUUGCUCAGGACUUUAACACAGAUCUGCGCUUCAAGAGCGCAGCUAUUGACACCAACCUGUGUGCUAUCCAUGCCAAACGUGUAACAAUUAGGCCAAAAGACAUCCAGCUAGCACUCCGCACACGUAGAGAACGUGCUUAA